AACGCGCACCAAUUGGGCAUUUUCUCAGCCCGCACGUUCAACUUUUCUAUUCCUACUCUUCACGAUUCGCACUGAGACAUUCUGCUCAUCACUUGGAUCUCGAUUUGGACCUCUCUAGCUCUGAACCGAAUCUGGGUUUCUUCUCUGUAAUGGGGGCAGCGGCGGAGGUUGGGAGCUUCGUCAACGGAUUUCUGGACACCUUUGGUCCCGCUGGUGCCGCUCCAGCUCCCGUAGGCUCUCAUUUCGUGCUCACCCCAGCUGGGGCCGUGGACUACAACUCAGUGAGCGGACUGAUGAUGGGGGGACAGGGGCAGCAGCAGGAGCACCUGGUGUCCGCAGAGAGGCUGUCCCGGAGCUUGGCGGACCUCAGCCAUCUGAAAGGGAUUCUGAGGCGGAGGCAGCUCUACUGCAGGACCGGCUUCCACCUGGAGAUCCGUCCGGACGGCACUGUGCAGGGUACAAGGAAGGACCACAGCAGAUUUGGUAUUUUGGAGUUCAUCAGUCUGGCUGUGGGACUCGUCAGCAUCAGAGGGGUGGACAGUGGUCUUUAUCUCGCCAUGAACACUAAGGGAGAGCUGUACGGAUCGGAGAAGCUGUCUGCAGAAUGUGUAUUUAGAGAGCAGUUUGAAGAGAACUGGUACAACACCUACUCAUCCAACAUCUACCGGCAUGGAGAAAGAGGUGCAUUUUACUUUGUCGCUCUGAACAAAGAUGGUACAUCCCGGGACGGGACGAGGUCAAGGAGACAUCAGAGGUUCACUCACUUUCUACCGAGGCCUGUAGACCCUGAGAGAGUACCGGAGCUGUACAGAGACAUACUGGGCCAGAGCUGAGACUCAAGGGACCAAAACAUGGACUUGACCAAGCUGAAAAGCAACCCAAGUGCACGUGAUCCCAACCCUUCUGUUGGAGUGGGACGAUCUUGUAAGACUGGAAGAAAACAGGAUCAUAAAAAGUGCAUCAAAUCACUCCCCAACGCUGGCAUUGAGGAUGAAAAGAGACCCUCCCUGAAGCUGAGUAGGCGUGGAGU